UUGACUGAAAGUAGCAUCAAUAAGCAGAGAAAAUGACUGGUCGCGGUAAAGGAGGAAAGGGACUCGGAAAAGGAGGCGCCAAGCGUCAUCGUAAGGUUCUUCGUGAUAACAUCCAGGGAAUCACAAAGCCCGCCAUUCGUCGUCUGGCUCGUCGUGGUGGUGUAAAACGUAUCUCCGGUCUGAUCUACGAGGAGACACGAGGAGUGCUGAAGGUGUUCCUGGAAAACGUUAUCCGAGAUGCCGUUACCUACACUGAACAUGCCAAGCGCAAGACCGUCACCGCAAUGGAUGUCGUCUACGCACUGAAGCGACAGGGACGCACUUUGUACGGAUUUGGAGGUUAAAUCGCUAGAACUCACUUGGACCAAUAUAAAAAGGCCCUUUUCAGGGCCAACAUAAUAGUUUCAAAGAAUUAGUUCGCAUUUUCUAUUUCAUAAGCUGUUUCCCCCUAGGAAACAAAUAGGGGUGAAUUCCAAAUUUGUGCAUUUAACUAGUUUUGAUAGUCGGAUUUUUGUGUUUCGAAUCCUCAUCCUCAUCAGUAGCCAAACAGAUUGGGCUGUUAAUUAGACAUUAGUUACAAUGCUCCCCAGUGUAGCCUAGCUGAACAAAACCUCAAAAUUUUAUUUGGGUAUUUUCCUAAUUUAACAUUUUUCUAUAUUCGUGAACAGAUUGAAUAGUGUUUUCUCAACAUAUUUAGUUGUAAGGACGAAAGUUUAAAAUUAGAAAAUUCCAAAGAUGCACUAGAUGACGAAUCCUGAAAAAAAAUUAACUGGGCGUGAGUAAUGUCCGGGACAUAACCAGGGUGUUGACGUAGGACUAUUCCUUCCUAUUAAAAUUCUUGUAUCUUUUUCUAAUGGCCAAAUCCAGCAGGUUCAGUGAAAUUUUCCUGGGGAUUUGAAUAGUAUCUCGUUCGGUAAUCAAUUCAAUAAAACAAUUUUAUAACCAAGUU